AUGACAACUUCUCAUAUGAAUGGACACAUCACAGAAGAUUCUGACAGUGAAACAAAAAAUGUGGAUCUUGCAUCUCCUGAGGAACCUCAGAAGCACCGAGAAAUGGCUGUUGAUUGCCCGGGGGACUUGGGCUCCAGGAUGAUGCCCAUGCGGCGGAGCGCUCAGCUUGAGCGAAUCCGUCAGCAGCAGGAGGACAUGAGGCGCAGACGGGAAGAAGAGGGAAAGAAACAAGAACUGGACCUUACUGCUUCUAUGAGGCUUAAGAAAUUAGCACAAAUUCCUCCUAAAACUGGAAUAGACAAUCCGAUAUUUGACACAGAAGAAGGGAUUGUUUUGGAGAGUCCUCAUUAUACUGUGAAGACACUAGAAGUGGAAGAACUGUUAACUUCUCUUAAGCAUAUCCAGCACAUUCUGGUAGACCCUCAGAGCCAAGAGGAUAUCUCUCUCAUUUUACAGCUUGUUCAAAAUACUGAUUUUCAGAAUGCAUUUAAGAUACACAAUGCAGUUACAGUGCAUAUGAACAAAGCCAGCCCUCCAUAUCCUCUCAUCUCCAAUGCACAAGAACUAGCACAAGAGGUACAGAGUGUUUUGAAACCAAGUCACCACAAGGAUGGGCAGGAGCUUAAUGCUUUGCUGAAUGCCCCUCACAUGCAGGCACUUCUACUGGCUCACGAUAAGGUUGCAGAACAAGAAAUGCAACCAGAGGCUGUGACAGAUGAAAAAAUUUAUGAGAAUGUUGGGACAUAUGGAGGGGAGACGGUUAAAAUAGUUCGUAUUGAGAAAGCGCGAGAUAUUCCAUUGGGUGCUACUGUUCGUAAUGAAAUGGAUUCUGUCAUCAUCAGUCGAAUAGUCAAAGGAGGUGCUGCAGAGAAGAGUGGGCUGUUACAUGAAGGGGAUGAAGUUUUGGAGAUUAAUGGCAUUGAGAUUCGUGGAAAAGAUGUUAAUGAAGUUUUUGAUUUACUGGCUGACAUGCACGGCACCCUGACCUUCGUAUUGAUUCCCAGUCAACAGAGCAAGCCACCUCCUGCGAAGGAGACAGUUAUACAUGUGAAAGCACAUUUUGACUAUGAUCCUUCUGAUGACCCUUACGUCCCCUGCCGAGAGUUAGGCCUGUCUUUUCAAAAAGGAGAUAUACUCCAUGUGAUCAGCCAAGAAGAUCCAAACUGGUGGCAGGCUUACAGAGAUGGAGAUGAAGAUAACCAACCACUGGCAGGCCUUAUUCCUGGAAAAAGUUUUCAGCAACAAAGAGAAGCAAUGAAGCAAACUAUAGAAGAAGACAAGGAGCCAGAAAAAUCAGGAAAACUCUGGUGUGCAAAGAAAAACAAAAAGAAACGGAAAAAGGUUUUAUACAAUGCAAAUAAAAAUGAUGAUUAUGAUAACGAAGAAAUUUUGACCUAUGAGGAAAUGUCACUGUAUCAUCAACCAGCAAAUAGGAAACGGCCUAUUGUUUUGAUCGGUCCUCAGAACUGUGGUCAAAAUGAAUUGCGGCAGAGACUUAUGAAUAAUGAAGUGGACCGCUUUGCCUCUGCAGUUCCCCAUACCACUCGGAGCAGGCGGGAGACUGAAGUAGCUGGCAGAGAUUACCAUUUCAUUUCCCGACAAGCAUUUGAGAAUGACAUAGCUGCAGGGAAGUUUAUUGAAUAUGGAGAAUUUGAAAAGAACCUCUAUGGUACCAGCAUAGACUCAGUGCGGCAAGUAAUCAACUCUGGCAAGAUAUGCCUUUUAAAUCUUCAUACCCAGUCAUUGAAGACACUACGGAAUUCUGACUUAAAGCCAUACAUAAUAUUUGUUGCACCACCUUCACAAGAGAGAUUACGUGCUUUAUUGGCCAAAGAAGGGAAAAACCCAAAGCCAGAAGAGCUGAGAGAAAUCAUAGAGAAGACGAGGGAGAUGGAACAAAACAAUGGUCACUAUUUCGAUACAGCAAUUGUGAAUUCUGAUCUUGACAAGGCAUAUCAAGAGUUACUUCGGUUAAUAAACAAACUUGACACAGAGCCCCAGUGGGUACCCUCUACCUGGCUACGAUGAGAGAGAAUCAUUCCAAGGGACAAAUGGAUUUCGAUCUAGUGAUCAUUCUAAGGGGAUCGUACGUAGGUCUGCUCAGUUCUAGUAAAGUGUGUGAGCUCUGUAGACCUCAGUGGCUGCAUCCUUUGCAAGUGGAAUAGUUUAUUAUUGGAAAAAAAGUACUAAUCAGCUUGAGCUGAUUUAACUGAUCUAAAGAUUGUCCAAAUGUUCUUUCUCUGUGGUAUAGAAAUGGAGACCUUGUCAGUACUAAGCUUCAGAUAGAUUUUUCUAGCAACAACUUUUAUAUAAAAAUCCACAUUUUUCUACCUAGUCACUAUUAGGAAAUCAAAGAUUUUAAGUGUGUAUGUGUGUGUAUGUGUAUAUACAGUCCAUGUUGUCACAUAGUUAUAAAUAUGAAUGUUAUUUAACACUUAACUUAAUGACUUUGUGGGACAUGAUGGUAGUUUGAGUGUAAUUCUACAGAUCCUUGGGCGGAGAAAUAAUAUACACAUAAAUUUUAAUAUUAAUGACAAAUCUCUACUUUCCAAAAAAUUGAAAAACAAAGAUGCCACUGUUGUGGAGCUGCCCUUUGAGGCUUGAAUUUAUAUUUUAAUUCUAAAAAACAUUCCACUUUCUAAAUAGCACUGUAAUUGGAAAAUGUGUAUAAUGUAAAUAUUUCGAUCCUUGUAUCUUUUUAGUCAGACUUUUAAAAUCAGAUUUGACUGCACGUUAAUUUUAGGUCCAAUCAAAGAUGAAUAUUAUAUUGAUCUUUUAGAUUUGAUAUUUUUAUGGAAUUUUCUUUAAAACAUUGGCUGAUUGGAGCCACUGUUCUCCACAAAUCUCUACAGAUAUUUAGAAAGGCAGAGGUUAUAUUUUUAUGAAAAAUAUAUAGUUAUAAAACACUGCUUGGAAGUCAACUUAAGUUCUCAUGUUUUAUAACAAUACUGGCUAAAACAGACUGAUAUGCUGAACAUUGGAAGAUAAGUGGGUAUUUUAAUCUCUGCAAAUGGUAUGGCUGUUGGUCUAAUGGAUAACUAACUGGAAUUAAAAUAGCUGAAUGUAGCUAUUGCGUUAUAAACAAGCGUUGUAAUUCACUAGCCUACAUGCUGUCCUGCAUUUGCUCAGCACUGCAGUAAAAGUAUGCAUGAAACACUGGUAACUGAAGUCACAAGAAUAGAAUGCAAGAAAGGGGAAUAUUUGUAAUUGUUAGAACAAAAUCUUGAAACAAGUGAACAAAAGGCAAGGUCUGUCUGUAUCCUAGUGUGUUUGGCGAAGCAAAUGAGAAUAUCUCUGCAUCCUCAAAUUCUGAGCUGUGAAGGCUUAACUACAAAGGCUGCGCAUCUGCAGUAGGGCUGUUCUAUUGCUGAAGCUGACUGAGUAGUAGUGUCUCAGCUGUUUUGGUUUUGGGUAGCACAAAGAACCCUGAAUGUGAAUAUCUCUUAAUUUCAGCCAUGGUGUUUCUGAAUUCUUACAGGUAAAACACUGGAGUUAAUGUCAAUGUGUAGUUCACUCCUGUCUAUUGCUGAAGGAUUAAAAAGUAGUUGAUUUUUUCCAUACUGUCUUGCAUACAUUCUUUCUUCAAGUUUCAAUGGAACAAACUCAUACCCAUAGUUGAAUAGAGAACUCCAAGUAUACAGCAAAUAUAAAGAAAUUUUUAGAUAACUUUCCUAGUUACUGAGUUAACAUUGCGCAUUGAAAAAUUAAAGUAUAGAGUGCAUUCCUGUCUUGUUAGGAAGCAUUUGCAGGUUUAAUAUUUAGGGCUGAGAAGCAAUAAGCAGUUAAUGAGGCUAAGUAAUGACCCUUCAGAAAAAGUUCAAAUCUUUAAUAUCUUCAGUUUGCUGUUAGAAAUAGUAUUAUAAAGUUCUAGCUGUUGGUUUAAGGGCUAGAUAUUCACGAUAAUAGCUUUUUGCCUCACAUUGCAGGCACAUUCUCAGUUUAAUAAAUUGUUUGAAAACAACACCAUUCAGGUAUAUUGGAUAGUGUUUCAUAGAUGACAAAAUAUUGUAUCAAUUCUACCCUUUUUAAAGAAAGAUGAUUGUAGAAGUAUUAGGCUUUUUGGUAUUGACUGUUUCAUAGUUGGACAAGAAGAUGAAAAGCAGUAAAAUGUAUUCUUUAAGGGUAACCUAGCUCAGCUACAUAAGUACUGUCCAAAUUCCUGCAGUCACAAUCCACUCAAGACAGUUGCUGAACCCCCCUUAUGUAUUCAGUGUUUAUAGCCAGCAUCUUUCAAAGUAAAUCAUACUGUUAAUGUAUUUGAUGUUCUUCUCCCCAGUUUUUCUGAAAUGGUGUACAGAGGCUGUUUUAUACCAAUAAGUUUUUGAAUGUAGACUUAAGUAAUGUUGAAGUUCAGCUCUACUCUCUUAAUUCCCAAGGCACGCAGUACUUGCUGAUACCCAUAUAAAGAGGUGCUAUGGUAGUUAUAACCACUGAGCAAUGUACCUGGCGGUCCAUCUGCCACCAGUUUGGACCUGGAACUACCUUGUGUAAGAAAUGAUUCUGCCUUUUUUUUAAUGAAGAGUGUGUGUUAAUUCCCUUGAGAGUAAAAGAGAAUAUGCAAACUUCACUGGUGAAACACUCUAUCACAAGCUUUGUAGUGAGCUAUGUCAGACUGAAAUGAAGGUAUCUGCAUUUUUACCAGUCCAGAUUUAAUUAAAAAUAAACGUUAGCUGAAUUGCAUAAAUUUUUGAAUGUAAUUAUAUGUGGCUUUUUAAAAUAUAUGGUGGGGGUUUAAUGCCUUAAUUAAGGUAACUUUACUGAGACCUGUGGUUAGCCCCACAUUGUACUUAUAUAUGUGUAUCUGCACUCUGUAUUUUGAGACGUCAUGAACUGCACACUAAUGUAAAAAUGUAAAAUAUUUCUAGAUUUAAAAUAAAUCACUGUACAAUUUUA